CAAUAGUUUAGAAUCGUUCACUAGUUACAGUGAUCGUCACCAUCUCCAGAAUUAGAUCUAACCAUUAUAAUCUAGCAUAUAACCUGCAUCGUAAAAAUAUUGUCAAUUCGCCUGCAUGUCCCUUUAGUGACCCAAAUCAGGACAUUAAUCAUAUUCUCUUUUAUUGCAAACUUUGUAUUCAUAAAUCGAUUAAAUUUCGUGAUUACCUGAAAAAACACUUCUCGCUUCAUCCCCUUAAUAUUCAUUAUAUUGUAUGAUUAAUAAUCCCCCCCCUACCUUGUGUCGUCUAAUUACUGCAUAUCUCAAAUCUUUAAACCUCAGUAUAUGAUUUCCAUGAACAUGCCUUUGUUUUAAGGGAGAGGUGGAGAACUUUGUUUCUCUCCUCUCCUCCCAGGCGGCGCCCCCGCCUGGUUACCUGUUUCAGUUACUAGAUUCACUCUGGUUGAAAUUGCUGCUACUUCGCGGCAAGGGCCAAUUAAUAUUGAACAAGAAGAAGAAGACUAGUUACAGUAAUGUCCCGAUCUUGUACAAGAAAUGAAAUUGUUAUCAACUGUGAACAGGCAAUCGGUGUUGCCGAUUUUACUCGGCAUAUCCUUAACAACUUUGGGAUUAUCAGUGGCAAUUUUGCUGUAUAGUAUGAUUGAAAAAGAUGAUAGAAAGAAAUAUGGUCGGAUAUCUAAAUGCAAAGAAAUUUGCAUGGAAUUUAAAAUGCCUGAGAAGUAUGUAUCUGCUGUUAUUGGUAAAGGUGGUGCUGUAAUAAGAAAUAUAGAAGAAUUAACUAACACAUGCAUUAAGAUGGAAAAGGCAGACUUAUAUUGUUCAGACCGUAUCUGUUACAUUAGGUCUGAUAAUGCAGAAAACAUUUAUUCAGCACAGAGUAUGAUACAAUCUAUAAUAAACAAUCUACCUAUCAUUGAAACCUUUGAAUUGUUUGUCCCUUUUGAAGUUUCUAAAAGAAUUUUUAAAAAAAAUUGGAAUAAUUUUGGAUUUGCACAAGAGAUCCAAAAAACUUAUGGUACAAAAAUUAUACUUGAGAGUGAUCCUCAUAAAACUGAAACUGGACUCAAAAGAAGGAUAAUAUUAAAGGGAACUACUGAUCAAAUAGCGGCAGCCAUUAUUCAAAUAGAAGAUAAAGUUCAAGAUGAAAUUAAAGCUGAAGUUCAACUAAGAAUGCAAGUUGCAACUGCAAAAACAUCUGUAUCUGAACUAUCCCAUAUUAACACUGAUAUUAAAAAUACAACAGAGGAUCAUUCUGAUAUUGAAACUUAUAAAUUAUUAGUGCCACAUGAAGUUUGUGGAAGGAUCAUAGGAAAAAAUGGAUACACAGUGCAAGAAAUGGAAAGAUUCUCUGGUGCAAAAAUCAUACUUGAAAAUGUUGCUAAUAAAUUUGAAAAUCAAAGAAAUGUAACAAUAAUUGGGACUGGUAAACAAAUUGAACUAGCUACUGAUCAGAUAAAAAAUAAAAUUAAAGAGGCAAUUGAAUCUCGUAAUGAAUGGAAUUAUGAAUCUACAAUGACCAUAAAAAGCAUAUCUGAUUCUCCAUGUAAUAAUGAUGGUUUAAUGGAAGUAUAUGUAUCUGCAAUGGAAACGCCAAGUCUGUUUUGGAUUCAAGUGGUUGGUUCUGCAAAUAUUCGUUUACAACACUUAGUACAUGAUAUGACAAAGUAUUACAAUGAAAAGGAAAAUUGCCAACUCCAUACUUUGAAAAAAAUAACAGUAGGCCAAAUGGUAGCAGCAAGAUUUAAAUAUGACAACAAGUGGUAUCGUGCAGAAGUAAUAUCCGUUAUGGAAUCUUCUGAAUAUAAAGUUUUCUUUGUAGAUUAUGGAGAUUUGGAAAUCGUUCCCAUAGAUGAUAUAUUAGAACUUCGUACAGAUAUGUUAAGCUUACGCCUGCAGGCUGUAGAGUGUUCGUUGGCAAACGUAAAGCCACGAGAAAGCGAAUGGAACUCCAAAGCUAACGACAAGUUCGCUGAACUUACUCAUUUAGCGAAAUGGAAACCGCUCAUUGCUCAAGUUAAAGGCUACAAAGAACGUCCGAUCGGUUAUGGAGGAUCUCGCCGUGAAAAUUCAUUAAUUCCUUGUAUUAAUCUAUAUGACAAAGAUAAUGAUAAGAACAUUAAUAUUGGAGACAAUUUGAUACAAUUGGAAAUGGCUCAAAUUGAGGAAGAUAUCCGUUCGGCAGUAAAUUUGACGUUGUCUCGUGAUAAAUGCGAUUUUCCAUUUAUACCAUUCUUAUCUGAUUCUUUAUAUCUUGACUGAAUACAAUUCAGUUGUCAUGAAGUCAAUGCUUGAAGAGAUAAUUGAAUUAUAGCAACAUAUCGAAAGAGACAAAAGAUAUACGGUUGAUCAUCUGAAGGAAAAUGAACAACGGUAAAAUUAAUUUUAGAAAAGAAUCAAUUUUUUAAAACAGUUUAUCAACUUGCGCAUCGCCUGCACAAAAUUUCAUAUACAUGAAUCGAAAGGCUCUUCUUUUAAAUAUAUAAUUAAAAAGAAAUAAAGAUUAUGAGUCAAAGCUAAAUAUUCGCAAGUUAUUCUCAAGAUUAAUAAUAAAAUAUGUCACUAGACGAUGACGUCAUUAGGCGAGGGAAUGACGUCACGGGGGCGGGGAGGAAAAUGACAUCACGGUAGGUGAUGUCACUAGGCGAGGGGAAUGACGUCAUGGAGGUGUGCGGGGAAAUUACGUAACGCGGGAUAUGCGGAAAAUUACGUCCGGUGAUAACAUCACGCGAAGUCAGUGGCUGCCGGGCGUGGUCCGCCGCCACCGCCGACCCCCACCUCCGGGCGCGAUCCUCACGCAAUACUUACUAUGUAUACUUACCAUUAGGACUCCUGACUACUCAGCCAAGAACUCAACGUUGGCAGUGGCGACAUAGAAUCAGACAGCGGUCUGGCGAAACGUAGUCACACACUUAAGCAUGUCCGUGUGCUCGCCUGCGGCGCGCCGAGAGUGAACGAGACAGCGAGCUCCUCACACUAAUCGCUUGUUUCAAGCGAAAAUGUUUUCUCAGCAAUCUUGGCCGCUCGGCGGCCCUAGGCAUUAAUAAGGGACGGGAGGCAUUCUAAAUAACAUAUAAGUUUUAAUAAAUUGGAAUAGGAAUAGUG